AUGCUAGACUUCCAGAACGGGGGAAAGAUUAAGAACAUCCGGGCUGAGACCAACACGUACAUCAAGACGCCGAAGCGGGACGAAGAGCCGGUGUUUGUCAUCACAGGUCGCAAGGAGGACGUGGGCUUCGCCAAGAAGAAGAUCCUGGCGGCGGCGGAGCACUUCAGCCAGCUGCGCGAGGCGCGCCGCCAGAACCCGGGCGGCCCGGCGCCGGCGCUGGGCCCGCCCAAGCGCGAGGGUGACGUCACCGUGUCGGUGGAGGUGCCGUACGAGUUCGUGGGCCUGGUGGUGGGCCAGAAGGGCGCCACCAUCAAGCGCAUCCAGCAGGACACAAGCACGUACAUCACGACGCCUUCGCGCCGUCACCGGCCCAUCUUCGAGGUGGUGGGUCAGCCGGCCGACGUGGAGCAGGCGCGCCAGGCCAUCCAGAUGCACAUCAGCAGCCGGGUGGAGAAGUUUCGCUGCGAGGAGCUGGCUGCGGCCGGCGGCGACGCCGCGCCCUUCGGCACCGCCGCCGCCGCCGCCGUUGGUCUGCCCUACCUGGGCCUAGACGACGGUGACACUGGGCUGUUGGGACCCGAGACGCUCAACUCGGACUCGGGCGUUGAGACGGCCACGCCGCCGCCGCUCGACGGCACCGCCUUCGGUCCCAUCGGUUCCAAGCGCACCAGCCCCGCCAGCCUCACCGGCUCCGAGUGA